UCAAAAAAGGACUUCUGAUCCGUGUGCCAAACUAGGGGGAGAUAUGUUAUUGACCGAUUUAUACUGGCUGAGAUGAUACUUGCUUUCUACUUCUUGAUCACUUGCUCUUUAAGUAAAAUGAGGCACAGAGUUGUUGCUGAGACGAGUGGGAACAGCAUUUUGAUUUGCUGGUUUAAUUAAAAAAUUAUGAAGGAUUAAAGGACAAGGUGGACGUGGACUGCACGUUGUGAGCCUAGACACACCUGAGGGAGGAAGACAAGAGUUGAACUUAAGAGAGAGCCCAACGGAGAUAAACGAAUGUCCCCACAUCUCCAAAGGAAAGUUCAUCAGAUUUUUACUCUAGAGAUCUCAUAUUCAGGAUGUCAUUGAACACUUCCACUGCAGGAAAAGGUGUGGAUCCAAACGCAGUUGACACUUAUGACAGUGGCGAUGAUUGGGAAAUCGGUGUUGGGAAUUUAAUAAUCGAUUUGGAUGCCGAUUUGGAGAAGGACAGACAGAAAUUUGAGAUGAAUAAUUCUACUAAUACCACCAGCAGCAGCAACACCAGCUCCAAGGAUUGUGGGGGUCUGGCUUCCAGUGGGGCUAAUGCUACCUCAGCCUUAGCUGAUGGCCUAAAAUUUGCUUCUGUUCAGCCCUCUGCUCCCCAGGGGAAUUCCUCUCACAAAGAGACUAGCAAAUCAAAAGUGAAAAGGAGUAAAACUUCUAAGGAUGCUAAUAAAUCUCUGCCUUCUGCUGCCUUGUAUGGGAUUCCUGAGAUCAGCAGUGCUGGCAAGAGGCAGGAAGUCCAAGGGCGCCCUGGAGAGGCAACUGGCAUGAAUUCAGCACUGGGUCAAAGCGUGAGCAGUAACCCAAACGGCAAUAAUAACACCACCAGCAACACCACCACCAUUGCCUCUUGUGGGAAAAACAAAGAGGAGAAACCAGGUAAAGCCCUGGGGAGCAGAGGCUCCAAGCGGGAUAAAGAUGCAGGAAAAUCCAGGAAGGACAAGCAGCAUGACCUACAGCAGGGCCACCCCAAUGGCAGUGGGGGUGGCAGCAGCCAAGUUUCCUCUGGGCACCUCUAUGGCUUUGGGGCCAAGGGAGGCAGUGGUGGAAGCAGCAGCCCCUUUCACUGCACCUCCUCUGCUGUGGGGGAGGUGAGCAAAAGUACCCCGGAUUCAGGGUUAAUGGGGAACUCUAUUUUGGUAAAGAAGGAAGAGGAGGAGGAGGAGAGCCACAGGCGAAUCAAGAAAUUGAAAACAGAAAAGGUUGAUCCCCUGUUUACAGUGCCUGCACCUCCACCUCCGAUUUCCAGCAGUAUCACACCUCAGAUUCUGCCUUCCUACUUUUCCCCAUCUUCAUCCAAUAUUGCAGCACCAGUCGAGCAGCUUUUGGUACGGACUCGUUCAGUGGGUGUAAAUACUUGCGAGGUUGGAGUAGUAACAGAACCUGAAUGCCUUGGACCCUGUGAGCCUGGGACCAGCGUGAACUUGGAAGGAAUUGUGUGGCAUGAAACUGAAGAAGGUGUCCUAGUGGUAAAUGUUACAUGGAGGAACAAGACUUACGUGGGAACACUGCUGGACUGCACAAAGCAUGACUGGGCCCCUCCUAGGUUUUGUGAAUCACCAACAAGUGACCUGGAAAUGCGUGGAGGACGGGGCAGGGGAAAGCGGGCAAGGUCCGCUGCAGCUACCACUGUACCUGGUAAUGAUGCAAGUUUUGCAGAGUCCAGAGGGCUUCAGAAUAAGAAUCGAGGUGGUGCCAAUGGGAAGGGGAGGAGGGGCAGCCUUAACUCCAGUGGGCGCAGAACACCCCCCAACUGCGCCAUGGAUGAAGUAAAAGCCAGCCCCUCAUCCACGAACAAGAGGAAAACUAAGCCUCCUAUGGAGCUAGAUUUAAACUCCAGUUCAGAGGACAAUAAAUCCGGAAAACGUGUUCGUACUAACUCUAGAAGCACUCCCACCACCCCACAGGGGAAACCGGAGACUAAUUUUUUGGACCAAGGCUGCUCUUCUCCAGUGCUGAUUGACUGUCCUCACCCCAACUGCAACAAAAAGUACAAGCACAUUAAUGGAUUACGUUAUCAUCAGGCUCAUGCACAUUUGGACCCCGAAAACAAGCUGGAGUUUGAACCUGACAGUGAAGACAAAAUUUCAGACUGUGAGGAAGCACUGAGUAAUGUGGCACUUGAAUGCAGUGAGCAAAGCACAAAUUUGCCAGGCUUUGAUCCACUAAAAGCACCAACAUCUCCUUCCUCCAUUGCUACCCCAGGGACUCCCAAGGGAAAGAGGGAACUGACCAGCAAUGGCCCUGGUUCAGUUAUCAGUUCCAAAACUGGAAAGAAUUCUGGCAAAAAGAAGGGUCUGAACAGUGAACUGAACAGCCUUCCAGUAAUUUCUAAUAUGGCAGCCACACUGGAUAAUUGCUCAGUAGCAGAUGGCAAUUUGCAAACUGAAAUGCCGAAAUUGGAGGCUGAGGGCUUAAUUGACAAGAAGAGUUUGGGUGAUAAAGGCAAGAAAUCGAACAAUUGCAAAGUGGAUAAAAACCUUUCCAAACUGAAAACAACCAGGCCCAUUGCCCCAGCGCCAGCACCAACUCCUCCCCAAUUAAUAGCUAUACCUACUACAGCCUUUACAACCACCACUACAGGGACAAUACCGGGAUUGCCCUCUCUAACAACUACUAUUGUUCAGGCUACACCAAAGAGCCCUCCACUGAAACCUAUUCAACCAAAGCCCACAAUUAUGGGAGAGCCAAGCACUGUAAACCCAGCUCUCACAUCACUCAAAGACAAAAAGAAAAAGGAGAAGAGAAAGCUGAAGGACAAAGAAAGCAAGGAGACGGGCAGCCCCAAGAUGGAUUCUAAGCUGGGAAAGCUGGAGGAUUCAAAAGGGUCUGGGAAAGACUUAUCUGGACAUUUUUUAAAGGACCAUCUCAACAAGAAUGAAGUGCUAGCUAAUGGACUGUCAGAGUCUCAAGAGAGCAGGAUGGCAAGUAUUAAGGCUGAAGCUGAUAAAGUUUACACGUUCACAGACAAUGCGCCCAGCCCUUCCAUAGGGAGUGCCUCCAGGAUGGAAUGCAGCACUUUGGUGAAUGGACAAUCUGCUAUGGCGCCACUGCAUGUGUUGACACAAAAUGGUGCAGAUAGCACAGCUGCCAAAACCAACAGCCCUGCUUACUCAGAUAUUUCUGAUGCAGCUGAUGAUGGUGGCUCUGACAGCAGGUCAGAGGGCAUGAGGUCAAAGGCCAGCUCUCCGUCAGAUAUUAUUUCUAGUAAAGAUGGUGUUGUAAAAGGACAUUCUUCAACCACAGCACAAUCGGCUCAAGCAAAAGAGUCUCAUUCUCCCUAUUACCAUGGCUAUGAUCCUUAUUAUUCCCCAAGUUACUUGCACUCUGGACAGGUCAGUGCCCCAGCAGCUGGGAACAGCAGUACCCCACAGACACUGAAGAUCAAAAAAGAGGCUGAGGAAGAGGCUGAAAAGAAAGAGAAGGCAGAAGCAUCAGAUGCCAAGAAAAGUGAAAGCACUUCCUCUAAUUUGCAGCCGCCACAACAUCAGUCGGUAAUAACGCAAAGGCACCCUGCACUUGCUCAGUCACUUUAUUAUGGACAGUAUGCCUAUGGGCUCUAUAUGGACCAAAAGUCCUUAAUGGCCUCUAACCCUGCUUACAGGCAGCAGUAUGAAAAAUACUACGAGGACCAGAGACUAGCAGAACAGAAAAUGGCACAAACUGGGAGGGACUGUGAAAGGAAGAAUGACCCCCCCUUGAAGGAGAUUGGGAAGGAUGACAACAAGCAGAAGAAUAUUCCAUCUGCCACUAUUUCAAAGGCCCCUUCAACUCCGGAGUCCAGCAAAAAUAACACUAAAAUAGGGUCAUCAGUUCCUAACAAAGGUGAGGAGACAACCAAGUCACAGAUCCUUUCCAAUCACCAGCAGCAGCUUCAGUCGGAGAGUUUCAAAGCAAAACAAAUGGAAAACCACCAGCUUAUAAAGGAGGCGGUGGAGAUGAAAUCUGUUAUGGACUCCAUGAAGCAAACAGGAGUAGAUCCGACCACAAGAUUUAAACAGGAUCCAGAUUCACGAACAUGGCAUCAUUAUGUCUAUCAGCCCAAAUACCUUGAUCAGCAAAAAUCAGAAGAACUUGAUCGUGAGAAAAAGUUAAAAGAAGACAGCCCUAGAAAAACACCGAACAAGGAAAGUUCCCUGCCUAACCUUCCUGUCUCAUUAGCAAGCAUUAAAGAGGAGCCUAAAGAGGUCAAGCGUUCUGAUUCUCAAUCAAUGGAUGAGAGCAAGAUAAAAAAUGAUGAUCAAAAGACUCCUGUAAAUUGGAAGGACUCUCGGGGUGCUAGAGUAGCAGUUUCCUCACCAAUGAGUCAGCAUCAGUCAUAUAUCCAAUACUUGCAUGCUUAUCCGUAUCCACAGAUGUACGAUCCCAACCAUCCAGCCUAUCGUGCAGUCUCUCCUGUCCUAAUGCACAGCUAUCCUGGAGCCUAUCUCUCUCCAGGAUUUCAUUAUCCAGUUUAUGGGAAGAUGUCAGGGAGAGAAGAGACAGAGAAGGUCAAUACCAGCCCAAGCAUCAAUGCAAAAGCAACCACUGAGUCCAAAGCACUGGAUUUGCUCCAGCAGCAUGCCAGCCAGUAUCGCAGCAAGUCACCUGUUCCUGUGGAAAAAUCAGCAGCUGAGCGUGAACGGGAAGCAGAAAGGGAACGAGACCGCCAUUCUCCUUUUAGCCAGCGGCAUCUCCAUACGCACCAUCAUACACAUGUUGGAAUGGGUUACCCCCUCAUACCUGGACAAUAUGACCCAUUUCAAGGAUUGACCUCUGCUGCCCUUGUUGCCACUCAGCAGGUGGCUGCACAGGCAUCUGCAUCUGGUAUGUUUCCUGCACAAAGAAGGUAA